CAACUGGUUGAGUGCUUGCCGACCUACGAACAUUUCCGUUUCGCGCUCGUACACAAAGCCAACAAUUCCUUACGCCCCCAUCUUGUCAGGAUAUAUGAAGGAUACCUCCACUUCUGCAUACUUGCGCAUCGAUAUGCUGUAGAACCAUCGUACAAAUUCGUCGCUCGCACCACGAUAUCAGCCAGUGGGCGGCAUGAACUUGAACAGUGCAUCGCUGUUAUCGACGUUCAAGCAAAGCAUCUGGAGCGGACAGCAAUAAGUCUAAUUUUUGUUGGGGUAGAAGAAACGCGAAAGACAGUGAUUGACAUGAAGCGUCAACUAAGCACUAAUGCGCCUGGUCAAAUUUCGAAGUUCUGGUCCAAUGUCCCAGGACUAUUGACUGCCGAGUUCAAAGGGAGGGAUCAAGAACUGCAAUGGAUGCGCCAUGCGUUAACAUCCGCCAUUCAUUUCGAGCGCAGAAGGAUCGGUCUGUAUGGCAUGACAGGAAUCGGCAAGACGCAGCUGAUGCUUAAGUAUGAGGAGCGCUUCCAUUCAGAGUAUACAUCGAGCAUCUUCCUCACAUCGGGCAGCCAAGAGAAGCUUAUAGAAAGCGUAAAUCAACUCGUUGAACUUUUGGAGCUUCCUGAACGGGGGGGCUCUAACCCAGCCGUCAACUUGAAUGCUUUGCGACAAUGGCUGAGGGCGAACACGAAUUGGUUGCUCCUGAUCGAUAAUGUCGGUGACUUGGAGUAUGACACUAUUCUCGAUCUGCUCUCCUCAACUUCCGAAGGGCAUGUGAUCCUUACCUCUCAGCGCCGUGGAGCCAUGGAAUCCAUUACAGGGCGUCACACAAUGUGCUUGGAGAUUACGGAGCCAUCCGUUGAAGAUUGCGUAGACAUAUUUUUCGAAGGGUGUGGCAUGAAGGCGACAGUAGCGAAUCGAAAAUUUGCGCAAGUGAUCGUCAGAGAUGUUGGCUAUCUUCCACAUGCUGUGAAGCAGUGUGCUUCCUACAUAAAAGAAAAUGGAAUUGAUCUAGAGGAGUACUUGGAUCGAUACUCUAAAGCCCCAGAAAAGGUACUUGGAUGGCAAGAUAGCUACUCAAAACGACGGGAACCUAUCUCCAAACACUUUGUUAUGAUUCUCCAGCAUCUGCGGGAGAAUCACGUAGAUGCGGCUAAUCUGCUUCGUUUGUUCUCAGUCCUGCAGCCUGAAGCCAUUCCUGUCUUUGAUCACUGGUGCAGGGAGCAGGACACAGCUAAGAAGCCUCAGACAGCUCCGUAUGCCACGGAUCAGUCAAACUUUCUCAAUAUCAUUGCGCGGGUUGCCUGUUGCAUAUCGCCACGGACUUCGAAGUCAAAAGAUCGGCUAAUUUCCCUGCAAGAUACAUCCUGCGAUACGAGCGAAACGGCAAAUGUUGUUAAAGAUAACGAACGGCUGUACAAGGCUAUCGCAAAGCUUGUCGACUUUAGUCUGGUGAGAAGGCUAAGCGAAAAAAAUGUUCUUUGGAUGCACGACCUCACUCGUCGCUCGAUUGGUCAAAGUAUUCCAGACAGCGAUCGUACUCAGUUCCUGCGCUUGGCAAUCCAGGUGCUCUAUCACUCAUUUCCCAAGAAAGACAAUACGCUCAAAGAACGUUUGAUUGUGGAUGCAUAUCUCAAUCAGUCUGUCGAACUGAUUGAGCAAGCUCGCAAAACAAGCAUCGUCCAAUGGGAUUACGUUCCACUUAUGGUCAUUUGUGCGCAGUGCAUGCGUAAUCGUGGCAACUACCCAAGAGCAAUUGAUUGGUUCAAGAUGGCUAUGCCGGAAUACCAACGCAACUUUGGUAACAUUCACAGUCGAGUGGCUUCACUUCUACACAACAUGGCUUUGACGUACCACGAAGCCAGUGACCUGGAUGAUGCUGAGAAGACCUACGUUGCGGCGCGUGAUAUGAGACGCCAAUUAUUUGAGGAAGACUCUGUCGAGGUUCUGGACACCAUGAACAAACUCGCAGCCUGCAUCGAGAGACAGGGUCGUUUGAAGGAAGGUGAGGCAAUGUUUGACAGCACUUAUAAGGGCUUCAAACAAAGGCUCGGCAUAAUGGAUCCUAUCACCCUUGCCGCUGCUCACAAUCUCGCUUUAUGCUUCGCAAAUCAAGGCCGCGUCGCUGAGGCCGAAGUGCUUUAUCGUGAAACUCUCCAAAGAUCUGAGGAUGCCUUUGGACCUGAGGACUUCGGUACACUGAAGACUCUCGGAAAUCUUGCAGUCGCUGUUGAUCAGUCAGGACGGCUUGACGAAGCCGAGCCAUUAUACCAACGUGCGCUAGCAGCAUACACCAAGCUUUGUGGUGCUGAUGAUAUGCUGACUCUCAGAGUACGCAGCAACAUCGCGUGUCUGUACCGUCAGCAGGGGCGCUUUGCAGAUGCUGAAACUUCCAUGCGGGAUGCUGUUGGGGCAUUCGUCACGAUCUUCGGCGACGAUCAUUUUCACACCGCCGUAGCACUCUACGACCUAGGAGAGAUUUUACUAGAGAAGGGAGCCUUGGAUAAAUCGCAAGGACUUCUGGCACUCGCGUUGGAAAAGAUGAACGCAAAGUCGGCGCAACAUCCGUUGACCUUCCGGGUCUUGGAUGCCCUUGGCAUCCUCCAUCGUGAAGCCGGCAAUCUUUUCCAAGCCGAUUAUUUCAGCGCACUGGCAUGUUCACAGAACGAGGCGUUACUUGGACGAGAUGACCCGUUUACUCUCGUGGCAGCGAACAAUCGGGCUGAGUACCUACAUGUCGCGGGACAAUAUCAAGAAUCAUGGGACCUCUACGUUCGAUGCCUUGAUGGCUUUAGGAAGCUUCUUCCAGCUCGACAUCCACAUAUACUGAUGGUGCUAAACAAUCUUGGACGACUUUCAUGGUUGUUGCCCACCAAAGAUCCAUGGUCGUUCUUCCUGGAAGCUUUAGCUGAUUCCACUUCAUUGCUCGGACCAAGACAUCGGUGCACUGUCACCAUCGCCAUGAACAUCGCUCGUACGAAAUUUUCGCAAGGCAACCAUAUUGACGCAGAGACUGCAAUGCUUGAAGUUCUUGAGUUAUACAAAGUAACACUUGGAGUCGAGCAUCCAUACGUAGGAACUGCAAACUUCCACUGUGGUAUGUGUUAUGCAUCAACAGCCCAGAGCAAUGACCUUCUCAAAGCACGGUCUGCAUUUCUCGAUGCAUCCGAUUGUUUUUUGAAGGCAUUUGGACCACGGCAUCCCAAUUACAUCAUGUCUGUCUGCAUGCUUGUACGUAUCCUCCAGGAACUGCAACAGUCCGAUGACGCUGAAACCUACCGAUCGGUGUUGGAGACAAUUCCUCAGGAUCAGACUGCCGGCAGAUAUAUUAACGUCGGCGACACUUCUUUGACGUACAUGGCUCUAGCUUUGAUAGAUACUUUUGAUUGGAAAUCCAUAGUCAGUCUGCCUUUUGGCGAAACAAUUAGACUAAGAUGGGGUCGCAAAAAUGUCUGGCGAGAGCCCGAACCUGCCAUACUAGAGGACUAGUAAAUGUUCAACUUACCAC